AUGUUUUUCCUCCUCCUCAUGAAAUACGUUCGCGGUAUUUACGUGUUUGAAACAUUCAAUAAUAACCUAAUAUUUGUGGAUGAAACCGUUAAUGAGCAAUGGUCAUUCUCAAUAAGCAGUAUGGUUGAUGAGUAUGAUAACAGAGGCGUAGGAAUGGGUGUCCUUGGGAGUAAUUCUGAACUAGCGUAUCUGAUGAAAAAUGAAAUUGAUCACAAUAUUACCGAUCACGCCAGUGAUUCGUCUAUUAGCGCUAAGAAGGAGGAAAAUUACGGCAAUGUAGGAGAUGCUGGCAUGUUAACUGGGAAUAAAGGUGAAUUAAAUACUCUUGUAAGAAAGACGGAGAUUAUAAAUGCUAACGAUGAAAUGAAGGAUAUUGCCGAUCAAAAUAACGAGGAUGAUACCGAUGUUAGGUCAAAUACACCAAGUAUUUUGAUGAAGGCGACGAAUACGCUCAGUAAAAUUGAGGAUUACACGGAUGGUAAGGUGUGUGCCAAAAUCAAAGAGAAAAUCGACAGCUUUGGGUUCACAGAGACAGGAAAGAUAUAUUGCAUCGAAAACAAGUGCAUUAUGUACCUCGCCCCACGACUGAGCGACAUUAUCAAUCAGCCGUUUUUAUACAAGAACGUACUUAUUACGGCCUCAAAACGCAAUAUCAGCUAUGAUAUAAGGACGAGUGGCACUACUCUCUACGUAAUAAUAGGUGUUUUAUACGUCCGGCUUAUGGAUGUGAACAGCAGGUACACGCGCAUUCUUAAGUUCUACAACAUAUGUGCGCCGUUUUUCAGCGUUGAAAAAGGUGUAAAAGUUUUGUAUGACGUCUUUGAGGAUGGGCCGAAUCGAUUUACGGUGUACGAACCGAUAAAGAAUGUUUAUAAAUUGGAAAAUUUUAAAAAGGCGUAUUUCUUCCGUAAGAUACUGAGAGAAGCACCAGACAUGAACGACAGGGUGUGUACAGAUUUGAAAAUUUUGGCAAUUUUGAUGACAACGGUUUUUAUAGUGGUGUUGUUUCUACGCAGGGAGAACCAUGUAAAGGUAAAAAGAGUGCUACGCGUAGAUAAGGGAGUAAAAUAUGCUAGUGGCGUGUUCAACAGACGAAAUGUGCUGGUAAAAAUACAUAACAAGAAGGACAUAAGGUACUGUAAUGAGCUGCACAUCAUGAAGAUGCUUGACAUGCCGUGUUUCAUUAAAUACACGUAUAGAGAGGAGAGAAAGCACGAAUUCUUGCUGGUUGUAGAGGAUUGUGGCAAAAGCUUGCAAGAGAGAAUCGAUGAGGAAGCAAAAGUACUGCCCAACAGCACGAACCACUCUAUUACUCACGAUAAUACGUUCACAAUCUCUGAAACCGUGAGCAAUGAGGCUAAUACGCGUAACGACGAUGCCGAACUCGGUGAUGACGCAUUAUAUGAACAGGAUGCGUCAAACACGUAUGCUUCCGUACACAGCCCAGGUGUGAGCGAGUUUGAGAGCACGGUUCGACACACCAAGGCAGACACGUGUAAAUUUAGUGAAAAUGUCAAGGAUUGGCUCAGUUUAUUUUUGAAACUUGUACGAGUAGUGCACGAAUUGCAUGCCAAAAAUAUCGCACAUUGUAAUUUAACAUUUGUGAAUAUUUUCGUAAAAAAUGAUGAAGUAUUCAUCGGUAACUUUGAGGAAUGUUUUUUUGAUCAGGAACAUGUUCAGACAAGCCGAACGAAUGAUGAGUCACAUGUUGCGAAUAUUGUAAAUACGAAUGAUAAUUUGGUUGAUAACGAGCACACAGACAAUACCGAGAACGUUAGCAAUGGCUACAAGAAAAGAAUUGAAGGAUAUGUUGAUGUACUACGAUACCCGAAUGAGCACAAAUUAGAGUUCGGCCUAGGAACUGAAAAUUUCAGAGCUCCUGAAAUAAUUAGGUAUAACAGCUUUGAUGAACCAUUGGACAUGGAAAAGUGCAAAAAAGCAGACGUGUUUUCACUUGCAGUAAUGUUACACACCACAGUUUUUGGUCACCAUCCGUUCAACAAGGAUAAUUACGCAAUAGAGGACAACGUGGUACACGAUAACUAUUCACUGAAUAGCAACGUGAAGGGACCUUUGCUGGAUCUGAUGCAUCACAUGCUGAAGAACGAUUAUAAGGAGCGGCUUGGUAUUGGCAGUGUGGAGAGACAUCCUGCGUUCUGGGACAAUGAGAAAACGUACAAUUUCUACGCUACGCUUAGCGAUAUUCUGGAGAAUAAAAGUGAUACAUCGUACAAAAUAUUCUGCAGGUUAGAACGUAACAAGAGCAAAGUGUUUGCAGGGAACUGGGCGAAUAUGUUGGACAAGGUUAUAAGAGAUGAGCUCAUUAUGCACCGAAUAUACAACUUUAAUGGCCUGAAGGGUCUUCUGAGGGUGAUAAGAAACAAAGGCAGACACUACCAAGAGCUAGCAAGUGAGAUACGGCACAUAUAUAAAUCAUUUCCCGAUGGUUUUGUGGAGUAUUUCAAGGUGCGGUUCCCCAACUUACUAAUGGUUUGUUACUACUCCGGAAAGGUGGCAGCAACAGAGGAACUCCUCAGAAAUUUCUAUCGAUGAAUAUUUUUAACAUGAUGCAGGCAGUGCAGUCUUUAAAUUAUACCGGUGUAUAUUCCUGGCAGCACGUUAAUUUACAUGCGAGUGGUGCUUUAAUGAAAUUAUUACCUUCUUACGCUAAUACUAAAUAAAGUAUUUUCA